UUGCCUUCUUAAGUUAGUCGGUUACUGGACCUCAUUGUAACAAGCCGUGUUGUCUUAAUAUUUCUGCGUCAUCGUCGUCUAAAAGCUCCAAAUUUCGAUCAAGAUGAGGGAAAUCGUUCACCUGCAGGCCGGCCAAUGUGGAAACCAAAUUGGAGCCAAGUUCUGGGAGGUGAUUAGUGACGAACAUGGCAUCGACCCGACCGGAACAUACCACGGGGACAGCGACCUGCAGCUGGAGAGAAUCAAUGUGUAUUACAACGAGGCAUCAGGUGGGAAGUAUGUCCCCCGCGCAGUGCUGGUCGACUUGGAGCCAGGAACGAUGGACUCUGUGAGGUCUGGUCCAUUUGGUCAGAUCUUCAGACCGGACAACUUUGUCUUUGGCCAGAGUGGAGCUGGUAAUAACUGGGCCAAAGGCCACUACACUGAGGGAGCUGAGCUGGUAGACUCUGUGUUGGAUGUGGUGAGGAAGGAGGCCGAGAGCUGCGACUGCCUGCAGGGUUUCCAGCUCACACACUCUCUGGGAGGAGGCACAGGCUCCGGUAUGGGCACACUGCUCAUCAGCAAAAUCCGGGAGGAGUAUCCAGACCGUAUCAUGAACACUUUCAGCGUGGUGCCCUCACCCAAGGUGUCAGACACAGUGGUGGAGCCCUACAACGCCACCCUGUCUGUCCACCAGCUGGUGGAGAACACCGAUGAGACCUACUGCAUUGAUAAUGAGGCUCUGUACGACAUCUGCUUCCGCACACUCAAACUCACCACGCCCACAUACGGUGACCUCAACCACCUUGUGUCAGCCACCAUGAGUGGGGUGACCACCUGCCUGCGCUUCCCAGGCCAGCUCAAUGCUGACCUGAGGAAACUGGCUGUCAACAUGGUGCCUUUCCCCAGGCUGCACUUCUUCAUGCCAGGCUUCGCCCCCCUGACCAGCAGAGGCAGCCAGCAGUACAGGGCACUGACAGUCCCUGAACUCACCCAGCAGAUGUUCGACGCCAAGAACAUGAUGGCCGCCUGCGACCCACGCCACGGCCGCUACCUUACAGUCGCCGCCAUCUUCCGUGGCCGCAUGUCCAUGAAGGAGGUGGACGAGCAGAUGCUGAAUGUGCAGAACAAGAACAGCAGCUACUUCGUCGAAUGGAUCCCCAACAAUGUCAAGACAGCCGUCUGCGACAUCCCCCCGCGUGGCCUCAAAAUGGCCGCCACCUUCAUCGGCAACAGCACCGCCAUCCAGGAGUUGUUCAAGCGCAUCUCAGAGCAGUUCACCGCCAUGUUCCGCCGCAAGGCCUUCCUCCACUGGUACACGGGCGAGGGCAUGGACGAGAUGGAGUUCACAGAGGCUGAGAGCAACAUGAACGACCUGGUGUCCGAGUACCAGCAGUACCAGGACGCCACUGCUGAUGAAGAGGGCGAGUUUGAUGAGGAGGAAGAGGAGGAGGCGGCCUAAAUGCAUACCUGUUCUACCUUCAUGCUUCCUCUCCAGUUUUGAAUAUGAAUGUUUAUUUUCUUUCACUUUUUUCUCUCCUGUGUAGAUUUGACAAUCGGCUGGUUUGCGAGUGUCGCGUCACUGUAGUCAAAGCUCUCUUGUUUGUAGCAGGCACCUGCUGCUGAGCAUAUAUAACAUGCUCAGUGGCAGCGUUGUGAUGUAAAUGAUCGACAUGGUUCUGUACAAUAUUCUGUCUUUUCCAAGUGUCGGGUCGAUUUAAAUGUGUGAAGAAAGAAAGUUCCGGUGACCAGUUCAAGGCAUUUUUUUGCUGAAUGUAAAUCUGUUUCAUACAAAAGAAAAAAACAGCUUUUUUUUUAGCGGAAUUAAAUUUGAUCCAUUUGUCUUAACCCAAGUUAAAUCUUUUUAGUUAUUGGAGAAAAUAAACUUACGCACUACAAGAUGAAGAUUCGCAGUAAGAGCUGUCAAGAACUGUCACUUUGUUGCUGACAUCGAAGGUUGUGAUGGGUUUAAAUAAAAGUCGUUUGAAUUGGUGCUAAA